UUUCACGCCAGAGACGGCCCUACAGGGCGGUGUUUAAAACACUUCUAACGGUAACUGACGAAAAGGAGGCGACAGCGCUGCUCACCCGGGGAACCCUGGUGAAAUAAACACAUUGACAAAUUGUUAAAUCAGAAUCAGUUACGAUCAGAGCAGAGGAAUUUUGGUGAAAGACGCCGAGCCUUCACGGUUUACCACUCUUGUUACGGUACAGACUUUAAAGUCCAUGAGAGCGCACACACGUAGUUGUAAUUCACACAGCAGCGGGACACCCUGGAAGAGACGGAGAAACCCCAGGAGGAUGUCGAGCAACGCGGACUCGAUGUGAACAUCGUUACGGCAAGAUGUGAGAUGAACCGGGAGAAAACGGCGACCGAGGCCAACGACAUCAUGUUGGUUCGGGGCUCGCACGGCCGAGCCAAAGUGUCUCAUGCGGUGGUGGUAAUCUUCCUGGAGUUCUUCGCCUGGGGGCUGCUGACCACGCCCAUGCUGACUGUCCUCCAUGAGACUUUUCCUCAGCACACCUUCCUGAUGAAUGGCCUGGUUCACGGAGUGAAGGGCUUCCUGUCGUUUCUGUCGGCUCCUCUGAUUGGUGCACUGUCAGACAUCUGGGGCAGGAAGUCCUUCCUCCUCAUGACAGUCUUCUUUACCUGUGCCCCCAUCCCCUUCAUGAGGAUCAGCCCCUGGUGGUAUUUCGCUCUGAUCUCAGUCUCGGGGAUCUUCGCCGUGACGUUCUCCGUAAUCUUUGCCUACGUGGCCGACAUUACAGAGGAGCACGAGAGGAGCACAGCCUACGGACUGGUCUCAGCGACCUUCGCGGCCAGUUUGGUGACGAGCCCGGCCAUCGGAGCCUACCUGUCUGCGCAGUAUGGCGACAGCCUGGUGGUCCUGGUUGCCACGGUGAUAGCCGUGGCGGACAUCGCCUUUGUGUUCUUCGUGGUCCCCGAGUCGCUGCCAGACAAGAUGAGGCUGACGUCCUGGGGCUUCCCCAUCUCCUGGGAGCAGGCUGAUCCGUUCUCCUCUCUGCGUCGUGUGGGGAAAGACACCACAGUGCUGCUGAUCUGUGUCACAGUGUUCCUGUCCUACCUGCCUGAGGCCGGACAGUACUCCAGCUUCUUCCUCUACCUGAGACAGGUGAUUGAGUUUUCUCCUGCAACGAUCGCUGCCUUCAUCGCCAUGGUGGGAAUCCUCUCUAUAGUCGCUCAGACUCUCUUCCUCAGUGUUUUAAUGAGGACCAUUGGUAAUAAGAACACAGUUCUUCUGGGUCUGGGCUUUCAGCUCUUCCAGCUGGCCUGGUACGGCUUCGGCUCCGAGCCGUGGAUGAUGUGGGCAGCAGGAACAGUAGCAGCCAUGUCCUCCAUCACCUUCCCAGCAGUCUCAGCUCUGGUAUCACACAGUGCAUCACCUGACCAGCAAGGUGUGGCCCAGGGGAUGAUCACAGGUAUCAGAGGUCUUUGUAAUGGUUUGGGUCCGGCUCUCUACGGCUUUAUCUUCUUCCUCUUCAAUGUGGAGCUGAACGACAUGCAGCCGGUGGCAGGAAAACCCACACGGACCAUAGAGAAGUCGAUGAUCCCUGGUCCUCCCUUCCUGUUCGGAGCGUUUGCUGUCUUGUUCGCUCUCCUCGUUGCCAUCUUCAUCCCCGAUCACCACAGAAUGGCCGACAACAAGACCUGUUCCACCCGCAAGUCCAGCACCUCCACUGCACACGCUCAGAGCACCAGCCCUCUGCCCACCAGUGACGCGGAGGACAUUGAGCCGCUCCUACAGGACAGCAGCAUGUGACUGACAACCGGUCCGGCCUAUCACAGCGCUGAGGCCAUAAGCACUGUCUGCUAGUCCCGCCCCCUUCAGAAUAAACCUUUUUUUCCUUUUUUUUCUCCCCUUCAGAUCCAAACUGUUCAGAUAAGAUUCAAGGAACGUUAGGCGGCAAUCACACUGAGCUUCAUUUCUUUACAUGAUAUUUAUUCCCUUUUGAUACGUUUACUGCUGUGUGUUUGUCACACAAAUUCACUUCAGUCAGGUUCAGAUUGGUCUAAAAUGUAGACUUAGUUUUAAAAUGUAGUUUAAAAUACUAAAGGUCUGGUUGUUUAAUCUGCUCCUUUCAGGUCUGGUUUCUUUUUGAUUAAAUAUACGUUUUUAGACAGAAAAUGGAAAGUCAAACCGUUUCCUUCGCGGUCACUUUCUCGCAAGCGUCUUUUUUUUUUUUUUUUUAAUUUUUAACUGCAGCUAUUGUUGCUGUAAUUUUAAAUAUUGGUUGAUAUAGUUUUUUUUUCUGUCAGUCGCAGUUGCUGGUAUAAUUAAAAGAAAAACAGUAUUUACAUUAACAUUUCUACCUGUAUUCUUGAUUUGACGACAGUAUAGAGAGACAGGAGUCAGACAGAGUGGACGUGAUGACAUAAUGCUGCUUGAGAUCAAACCAUGAAUGUUGCGGUUACAUGGUGCACAUUUUAACCACUCAAACACCAGGACAUCAGGGUCUACUUUUCACUUUAGCUCCAUCUCGGUGAACUAGUUUUGGUCUUCAGCUCCUCUUUUGAGAAGGUGGAGUUGUGUGUUUUUGUCCCAGUAGUAACUUUUGAAAUGUCACAAUUAGACACAAUUAAUGCAGACAGUUGCUGCAAUUCCAUCAACGGGUUCAGAUCGGAUAAACUCUGCUACGCAAAACGUUGUGUGAUCAUAGGUUGGUGUUAAAGGCUACACUUCACGCAUGGCUGUAAUCCAGCAGUAAGCAGAGUAGAAGAAGUGGAGGUUGUGGACUGGAAGCGAAACAAGUCACGUGGCAAUCUUAACCUCUAACCAAACCAUCUAUGAGAGACACAUGGAGAGAGCUCUUCAGGAUUUUAUUUCAAUUGGGAAACUUUGAAUUGUUCUUUCAUGCCAGCUGGUAUUGGCCAUGUUUCAUGCUGUCCGGAGACAAAUUAAUGCAAUCAUUCUAAUGCACGAGCAAUGUUCGCCGACAGCAAGUUAAAUGACCGUGAGCUAAAUGUUUCCUACAUCCGAACUUAUUCGGUAAAGGCAUUUUCCAUAUCCCAUUUAGCGUGUCAACUCUUGUUCAUCAUGAUGCGUGAUGGGGACGUACUCGUGUGAACCUUUAACCUGGGAUUUAGUUUGCAGUACUCUGAAGUAUAACGCGCCAUGCAAAUCGCUACGUUUUUCAAAGCCUUCAGUCUGGUUGCCGCCUUAUCGCGGUGGAGUCAUCUGUGUGCAUCUGCUGCACCUAACUCCACCCGUCAGGUCAGCAGAGGUCAGGAGAUCAAACGGCCCUUGCUGCACAGGACUAGCGAUGAGGGAAAUGUGUGUAGAAUUUUCCGCACAGCUGACAUCAAGAGUUCCGAAGCUACCGACUGUUUUCACUGAAACUUUUCACCUGGACGGAGAAACGGGGGAGAGGGCGGUGAAGUUGGAGCUGCUCGGCAUUGUGGGAUGGAACACGGGAGUGGAGGUUGUCAUCUGCAGGGAGCAGUGUGGUUGUUUUAUGUUGUCGCUGUUUAUAUUUAAUCCACAUUGCUGACUGUUUAUACUCGUGGAUACCACGACAACGAACUGUCACUCACACUGAGCAUGUGCAAGCUCCGACCAGCUGUGAAGGUCAUCAUCCUCCUGCUGUGUGUUUUUGAGGAGAUAAAUAGAAAACGAAACGUUGAUUAUAUUUAGGAAAUGAAUUCACACAGUUUGAAGUGCUUUUAGGUGCGCUUGUUCAGAGCCCGGGAGGUGUCACGGAGGGGAUUUCUAUGCAUGAUUUACUGAUUCCUGCUCUGGAUUUAAUAUCAUGUUAUCUGUAUUUUGCCUCCUCCCCUUCGAAAUGCCUUCGUUUGGUUUGAAGAAGACAUUUAUGAUGCGCUCCAGUACUUAUGAACUGCAUGCCGCCCACAGUAUCAUGAAAGGUUUUACAACAAAACAUCUGUCGGGUGCCCCAAUGUGGGGGGGGGAUCUUUGUUGCCCCUGUGAUAGAUAAAACAAGAUGAAGGACCCUCUAUGAUGACCUUUAAAUUAAAAAGAGGCUGCUUUGAAUGCUAGAAAACUUCUGCAUGCUGAUGCCCCACCACAUGCAGCAGGUGCCCUUUUUAUUUCUUUCCGCCCUGCUGCUCAGACAGCCACUUUCCAUCAAUGAAAUAUGUUUAGUGGAUCUCAAAGAUGAGACCUAGUUGUGUUUAACAGACCAAACCAGAAGUAUCUCCACAUAUCUGAGUCCAAGAUCCAAGUCAAACAAUAUUAAAUCCAAGAAAUCCAGUGAGAGUGACAUGAAUUUGGGAAGUAAAAUUAAAUCAAAAUCCUGUUUUUCUCUCCUCACACCCCCCGGGCUCAGUGCGCUUGAUUAAUCUCACCAGAUCACAGUUUAGUAUCAGAUCUAUCGACGUCUCCUCAUCUGUUCUUGUGUUUAAAUACUUGAAGUGUGUCAAGCCUGUCUGUUAUUUUCAGGCUCUGAAAGUGCUCCUCCUCCGACCCAGCCGCUUCAUGUCGGACGAAUCAAGCGCUACAGCGAGUAACUGAUGUAGUUUGAACAUGUGUUCCUGGUCCAGGCCCAACGGUCUGAUCUUCAUCUGUGCAGUGAACGCUCUCUGUCAUUAGACUGGUUUAUAAACCACAAAAAAGUUUGGACUUUCAGGUUGUUGAGAACCAAAUUGUGCCAUUUUUUCUUACAUUUUCUGUUUCAAUUAUUUUGUCACUUUUGUUUUCAGAUGUUUUUUUAAGAGGUCAAACCAUGUCUUUCCAACAAACAAAAAAACUCCUGGAAGAAUGGAGAUACAAUUGUGUUCCUCUCUGGUUAAGAUAAAAUGAUCAGUUUUAAAAGACCCUCGCCACCUCAUACCUCAUACCUCACCCAGUGCAUGCUGGGACAGGCUGCUGUUAAUUUCUUCAUGGAAAUGAACAGAAACAAACUGCCGCCUGAGAGGAAGAAGGUCAAUCAAAAAUAACCUGAUGGAGAAUAAUCGGCAGGAACGGAUCGUACAUGAGCUGAAACAUGCAAAACCUCCAAUAUAUAACCCCCUUAUUUGUUAACAUGAUGUCACAUAAAUCCAUUACUGUAAUUCUGUCUGUGACUUGAGACUCUCAUCCUCCAUACGUCUCAGUCCAAAUUAUUUUUUUAUUCGGAACAUAUGCUGCUUUCAAGUUAUAUCCGUGUUGAAAAACCUAGUUACUGAUAGGGGAAGGUGUCUGACAGGUUUCAGUACAGGCGCUACAGAAGUAACCAAAACUUCACGUUGGAUGAUGUCAUUUAUAGUUUCACGCUGUAUUUAGUGGACAUAGCUGGCAUUUUUCAUUUCUUCUUCAACCUGACCUGAAUGCAGCAUCAAAUGUCGAUGCCGCUACAGAAACACCUGAGGGUCCUGGUGAUGAUGAUGACGAAGAUGUUAAUGUGUAGCGUCAUAAAGCACAAUGACGUUACAAUUUGUCUGAUUUGUGUCUGAAGAUUAAAAAAAAAUUCAGAUUCCAUCUUCUGACAACAUCUUUAAAGCUUCUAAGCAUUUUAAAUUUAACGACGAGCUCUCCAUCAGUUUGAUUUUUCUCUCUUUCUCAAAGAUGAUGUCAAAAACAGAAAGAUGGACCUACAGUAUAUUUUUCUACGGUCACUGAUCUGUUCAAUAUCCCAGAAUCCAUCAGUGUUAUUAACUACAUCCUGUAUGUUCUCGUCCUGCUCAGCUCUCUGGCUUUAUGUUGCUGCUGCAUUCACGUCUCAUUGGAAACUCGUCAUUCAUCUGGACAACGCUUUGUAGUUCCUACACAUUUUGCAAACUGAAGAUUAAUUCAGCGCGUCUCUGCUAGAGCUGCAACCAUUAAUCCGUUAGUUUAUUGGCAUGAAAUGAAUCUGCAACUAUAUCGCACCUCUUCCUAACUGAAACUGAAUGUCUCUGGGUUUUGGACUGUUGGUCAAAAUAUUCAGCGGUGGGAAAUUUAAAUGGGAAUAUUUCAGUAUUGUUUCACAGUAGUGAAAACUUAAGUACUGAAAGUGUAUUUGAUCAUCAUACUUAUCCAGCUGUAGACUGUAUAACACUGCUUGUGUUUAGAUAUUUAACAUUUGAGAGCUUUUGUAGAAAAACAUGUUUUAUAUUUUUCAUUUUAAGAAGUUAAAAUAAGUAAUGCUUUGGUAGCGAAACUUUGGGUCUCAUAUAAAAACAUUUCAACGGACACUCAGAUCUACUUAUCUUAGAACUGAGUGUUAAAUUCAAACUAUCCGAUGGGACGUGAAGCUGAAACAUGGCGGGCAGUUAAAACGGACCUAACUGAUGAUGACUGAAGCUUUUUCAAACUGUUUUGUACGUCAGCACUUGUUACUGAAUAUAAAUCUUUAAGUUUA